UUAGAACCCUAAUAAAAGAAUAAAUCAACAAGAGGGACAAGGGAGAAGGCUGAAAUUGUGAAAAACCCAGCUGGGUUCUUUUGUUUGCAGACUUCUCCCUGUUUGGUGCUGCAGCAAUGAGUGGGAAAUCCCUUCUCCUAAAGGUCAUCCUCUUGGGUGAUGGUGGAGUUGGGAAAAGCUCACUUAUGAACCGUUAUGUGACCAACAAGUUCGACUCCCAGGCUUUUCACACCAUUGGGGUAGAGUUCUUAAAUCGAGAUCUGGAGGUAGAUGGACGCUUUGUGACACUUCAGAUCUGGGACACUGCAGGGCAGGAGCGUUUCAAGAGCCUUAGAACACCAUUCUACCGGGGAGCAGAUUGCUGCCUGCUGACGUUCAGUGUGGAUGACCGGCAGAGUUUCGAGAACCUUGGUAACUGGCAAAAAGAAUUCAUUUACUAUGCGGAUGUAAAGGAUCCGGAGCAUUUCCCCUUUGUGGUUCUGGGUAACAAGGUAGACAAAGAGAAUAGGCAAGUGACGACUGAGGAGGCAAAAGCCUGGUGCAUGGAGAAUGGAAAUUAUCCUUAUCUAGAAACAAGUGCCAAAGAUGAUACCAAUGUGACAGUGGCCUUUGAAGAAGCUGUUAAGCAGGUUUUAGCUGUAGAGGAACAACUGGAACAUUGCAUGUUAGGCCACACCGUUGAUUUGAACAGUAGCUCCAAAGCAAGUUCUUCAUGCUGUUAGAUGUAGGGACUCUGUUCAAAAGUGUGCAGUAAGUUGGUUAGUCUGUAGCGUAAGAACUACUGUGCCCUCUGGUGGUAUUCACACACACACACACACACACACACACACACGCAUGUGCGUGCGUGUGAGGGUAAAAGAUAAGGUUCUACUUUUGAAACAGAACCUUUCAAAUUGAAAUUGUAGAGCAGUUAAAAAACAAAAAAGCUUUAUUGAGCCAAGUGUAUUAUGCGUGAUUUCUGCUAUUUUCCCCUUCUUGUGUGUCUCAGGACACUUCUGACUUUAGUCCUGAGAGAUUUACGUGUUUUUAAAUCACAGUUUAAACCUAGAACCCAGCCGCAUGAAGGAGUGAAAGAGCUUAAAGUGUUCCAUUAAGUAGCUAGCAGAUGCCACCACCAGACUCUUGCCAAGCAAUUUAUGACAUUUCUAACAAAGGGAAAAAUAAGAUUCUGAGCUGUAUUACAGCAAAAAUAACAAUGGAAACGAUGAUUUCUAAGCAUGAAUUAGAUAAAGGUGGUGAUGAUUAGAAAUGUAGAUGUAUAAAAAUACACACUGACAUGUUCAAAUCCUCAUGUAUGGUUUAUUCUCAUAUGAACCUAAGCAAAAUCAUCCCAGUAAGCAUUGCGCUAAUGACACUGGUGUUUGGUUCUAAUCCAUGUGUUUGAGUCACAGGACACUAGCGAAUGGAUUACGCUUAACUAUGCCAACCCCCUCUGCAAAUACUUGGUUGGCCUGCUUUUCCCUCCUAAGUCUGCUGCUGCUGCAUAGAGAUGUUGCUUCCUUGACAGCUUAUCAAUUUAGUGAUGCUGCUUAGUAUGUGACUUUGGGUGCAGUGCUCUCUGCCUACAAUUUAGACGAUCUUAUGAUUCACCAUGCUGGCUCAGGAAGGCUCCAGAAAAGAUUGGAGAGUAAUGGGCUUUUCUCCCAGCUUCCUUUGCUCAGUUGUGCGUUGUAGGGGAAGGAUCUGAUGUCUCACCUGACGGUUCAGCUGGCCAAAGUCGGACACUAAAACUGGCAACAGAGCAGAGGUUUGUAAACUUUGGGUUAGAAUGAAUUUCUCAUUAUUAGAUUUCUUCAAAAGUGAAAUAGACUGCCUUAAUAGUGACCUCCCUCCCAGGAAAAGUAGUCCCUGGAUGAGCACCUGUUAAAAUACUGUAAAAAGAAUUUCUGUACUGGCUACAUGUUUAGUAUAAGGUUCCUCCAGGUUUAAGUUCUGAACUUACAAACGAUGUCAGUGCCAUGUUCUGCUUGGAUUUCUCUGAAAACAAUAGUUAAGACUAUAGAGAGGGCCAUAAAAAAUCCUCAAGCCAUUCUGGGAGUAGCCUUUAACAACAACCACUAAUAGAAAUAUUCCAAAGACACAAUGGUCAAAGAAUGGUUUGACAAUUUUUGAAUACCACGACUGCCAAUUAUAUUAUUAUAUAAUUAAUAUAUAUUAAUGUAUUAUGAGUGUGCCAUUUGGUUUUUCUGGGUUGAGCUGCAUAGAUUUUAAUCUAUGCUUUAAAACAUGUAUGAUAAAAAUUGUGACCCACUGUAGAGAGGGACAGUUAGAUAAGACCCCCCCCCCAAAAGAGAUUCAGGCCCGGGAUGAGGUGGGAGCAUUCACAGGAAGACAGCCCAGAAUUCUCCAUUGUAGCCACACACGGAAUCAGCCUUACAUGUGGGACCUUAUGUGCUUUAAGAACUCUGGUACUUUUUGGCCACAUAGACAAGAGGAGGACAGUAUUUCAACCCAGACUUACUCAGUAUUUCCAAUUAUUGUAUAGUCCUGACCCUAUUGUCCAAUUCAUUUAGAUGCCAGAAGUCAAAGCCAGAGCUGGGACCCCCACAACUCUUAAAUAUUGGUCCCUAUCCUGCCUAUGCCUAUAGCCAGCCACACUGGUUUCAAUGUUCUCCAGUCAUUUUGCAACAAUCAUGUUAGGGUGAAACUCUGUAUGUCAGAACUAACAAAUGGUAAUUGUUUUUAAGUGCAUGAGACCCGGGGCCUUCUCUUUCUACUUGCACUCUGCUUACACUAGUUUCUAUUUGUAGAUCUCAGGCCUUCAUGAAGAUCUCCAUCAGCUCACGAAAACUAUUUGUCUCUGUAGAGUGGCAUGUGGUCAUUUGAGUAAAACUAAAAGUACACGGGGAUUCAAUUCAUAGGCAUCCUGUCCAUUGAGGCAAGUGUUAAUUUGAUUGGGAAGUAAGCUGAAGCCCCUUUCUUCGUAGCCAUACAUACGCCUUUAUUUUUUCGCUACCAAGUUACAUCACAAUGUCAAGCACUUAGCAGUAAGUGACAAAACAGUGGCAUUUUGAUGAGUAACACUCAGUGGGUACUGACAUGUAGUUUGGGUAAGAUUAAAAAACACCAAAACCUGACAUCUGUGGUACCAGGAACUGUGCAUAUGUGUUUUGAAAUUGACUGUGUAUGUAGAAUGUGCAGUGGAAUAUUUUCAAUAGGUGUUUUUUUACUGAACACUAGACUUUGGGAAUAAUGUACUUGUAAUUGGAAGCAUACUGUUUUUCAAUGGUCCAUUAAAACUCCAUACAAAAUAUUUAGUUUCUUGUCACAUAUUGGCUUUCAGGGGGCCUCAGGUUCCAUGUCUUCAGUGGAUUGGUGAAUUUCAAGUGUCUUUGUACCUGCCUCAGCCAUCUCUACUUUAUCCUGAGGUGUUCCACAAUCCUCUUGUUGCAGGUGCUG